AAAUUAUGAAGGGCAAGAAAUAGUUUAUGGAGUAUUGCCCUAUAUAGCACCGGAAGUUUUACGUGGACAUAAAUAUACGAAAGCAGCAGAUAUUUACUCAUUUGGAAUAGUAAUUAAUGAAUUUAUAUCUGAAGAAAUUCCUUAUGACAAUGAUACUGAUGAUCAAUUUUAUUUAACUGUUAAUAUAUGUAAAGGGUUUAGACCAAAAAUUUCUGAAUAUACACCAAAAUUAUUAGCAGAUCUGAUCACCAAAUGUUGGGAUGGUGAACCAGAUAAGAGGCCGACAAUUCAGGAAGUUGUUAUAACUUUAAAAGCAAUGAAGUUAAAAAAUUUGUCGUCCAAACAACAAAUAAUUCAACAAUUUAAGUUGAAUUAUGGAUUAUUGUUGGAUGGGCAUAGUAUCAAACCGAGUGAACAAGCUGUGUUAUCUGAAGAUGGUGAUUUAGAUAUAAGUUUAUAUGAAGGACAACCUUUAGUGUAUACUUUUGUAAAUGAUCACAAUUCUCGUAUCAACUUGUUGAAGUUUAACUCUGUCAACCAUUUUAUUGAAGGUUCACAAUCAUCGGAUAUAUCUAUUAAUUUCCCGGUCGCCGAAAUUACCUAUAGUGCUGAUUUAUUAGCGAAUUUUAUGGAAGAUGAAUCAUAUGGGCACUUAUUUGCAAAAAAAAUUUUGGUUGGUGGUAAAUUAUUCAUCGAUGAUCUUAAAUCUGCCACUUCAACACAAACCGACUCUUUUAAAUUUUUCUUAACUUGGGUGUAUGAUUCAGCUAAAUAUAGUAAAGAAAAUCCAUUUAAUAAUUUAACCGGGUUGAAUUUUUUGCCUAAAAUAAGAACAUUAGAUGGAAAAGAUUUAAACACGUAUGAAAAAUUAACCAGUUGGAUGAAUAAUUUAUAUCAAAAUGAUGUAGUUGAUAUAAUUUCUUACAAUAAUCUCAUUCCCAUUUCUAAGUUAAGGUCCAUUGCACCAUCAUCGAUAGAUGAGAUAGAUGAAAUACAACCUGGAGUUGCUAAUUUCAAAGAGAAAUUAAGUUUUUAUGACUGGGUUGGAGAUUCAUUGUACACUAACCUGACGAGAUGGAUUAAUGAAAGACAUCUUAUCUAUGGCCUAAUAAUUGAUAAGCAUUUUGAAUUAGAAAUCAGCAAGGAAGUUGCUAAUAAUUUCAUUAAUAUUCCUAAUGUAUAUUCAAGUGAUAAGUUUUAUUGGAAAGUGUUUAAUCCAACAACAAGCUUAGAAGAAUUUUUAAUAUCUAAUAAUAUUUUUUCGACCAAAAAUGUCAAAAAUAUAAGAUCUUUUCCAUUUACUAAUAAAGUGUCUGAUGAAAUUAAAAGUUGUGAAGACUAUGUACAUUUUAUAGUAAAAUUUGAAAAAUAUAAGGUUAGGUUCAAUAAUAUUAUGCCCUCAAAAAGAUUCCAACAAGCUAUAGAAAAUGCACUUGAAAAUAUGAAGCCAUUUACACAUUUACAAAAUGUAUUUGAUGAAUAUGGGCAUUUUUUCCCAUUAAAUAUUGUUUUGGGAAAAUCACUCAAAACUAUUUUGCCAAACAACUUUGGAGAGAUUAAAUUAGAAUCAACACUAUUUGAAGCUUUAGAUAGUUUAAAUAUUUCAUAUCUUUUAACAACAAAUGGAAGUGUUAUUGAAAAAAGUGAUCUGUCUAAUUGGACUCAAAAUACAGAUGAUAGUUUAGAAAUUAUUGAAUUUGAUAAUGUAAUUUCUUUAUAUGAUAUUCUUGAAGAAGAACAAAAGAGAAAAAUUAAUGUCAUUUUAAAUAAGGAGGAUAAUCUUAGAAUCAUAAUGACAGGAAUUGAAGAGUUAAAAGACUUAGAUGCUAAUAAUACCGAGUAUUAUAAACGAAUAAAUGUAAAACCUUCAUUAGAGGAUGAAAAUUAUGAAGUCUUUGGAUCAGUUAUUUCGAAACAUAAUUUGAAACUAGAAGAUAUUUUAAUUACAUUCGAAUUAUAUGACUUUAAUGGAUUUUCUGCAAUGAUAAAAAACUUAAAUAGAGAUGUUGAUAUCACAGAAUGUUAUAUUUUGUGGGUUAUUAUUGGAAAUCCUUCAAAGUUAUCAGUUUUUAGUCCAAGGAAUCGAGAGUUUCAAGCUGAUUAUAUUAAAAAAUCUAUAACAUUACAACUCGAUGAUUUUUACUGCCCAAUUAAAACUUCUUAUAAAUUAUCUGAAGGAUGUACGAUUUCCGUCAAUACAUAUUGCUCAACAGCAAAUUAUGAGCCUAAUAAUAUUAAAAUUAAACUGGUUGGUUGGUCGGAGGAUUGUAUUUAUUUUAAAAUAGCUAAAUCAAAUUAUAAUAAUUCAAAUUUGAAUAAUUCAAGUAAUUCUUCUGAAAGUCAUAGUCAACUUGAUGAUGAUACUGACGUUUUAAUAAAUUUUGAAGUAACUAUCUGUAUUUUAUCUUUCCAUCAUGAAAAGUUGGACAUUGAUAAUAGGGAGGGGGAGAAAUAUUCUUUAAGUUUAAUUGGACACGAUUUAACUGAGAAUACAAAGGUUAUUCCAUUUACAAGUGUGGAUGAACUUGGACCCGAUCAGAUUAAAUAUCUACAAAAAAUGGAGGCUAGUAUCAAAAGAUUUGAUGAUGAUGUAGGUUCACUAAAAUUGUCUGAUUAUGAAAUGAAUAGAAAUGAGAUACCACGUAAAAAUGGACGUGUUAGUAAAUGGGUUAGUGUUAAGAAUAGAGACCAAAAAUUUGCAUUCAAAAGUAUCUCCAAUAAAAAAUACAAAGGGACCAUACAAAAUCAAGUUGCAAUUCUUAAAAAACUUCAUAAUUGCAAUAAUAUUAUAAAAUUUUAUGGACUUGUUUCUGAUGGAGAUAAAUGGUAUUUGGUGACUGAGUGGGCUGAAUAUGGGAAUUUACGUGAAUUUUAUACAAACCAUAAAGAACGAUUCAACCUUAGAUUAAAAUUACGAAUGUCUCUUGAAAUUGCUCGUGGAUUAGAUUUUCUAAAAAAUGUAGAGGUCUUGCAUCACGAUAUUAGAGCUGAGAAUAUAUUAAUUACACUUGAUGAGACGGCAAAACUGACAAGUUGUUCAUUGAACACAGUUACAUUUAAACAAGAUCACAAUUUAGAACAAGCUCGCUAUUAUGCUCCUGAAUUAUUGGAGAGAAAUUCUAACACCAAAUAUGAUAUUAAGUGUGAAAUUUAUAGCUUUGGAAUUUUACUUUGGGAAAUUGCUGAAGAAAAAACUCCAUAUAAAAAUUAUAAGGAUAUUAUGGAAAUAGUCAAAUUUGUGGGUGCAAAAAAUCGAGAACCAUUUUCUAGAAAUAGUCAAAUGCCAGAACAAUUCAAAAAUUUAGUAAUUAAUGCUGUUGAUCAUAAUCCAGAAUUUAGGCCAAAAAUUACAAAAAUGCUUGAAGUUCUCAACAAUUGUUUUGAAAAAUCUAAAUCCACAUAUUCUCACAAGUCACAAUCUAUUCUUAUAGAUAGAGCUUCUUUUCUUAUAGAUGCAGCUUCAUCUACAGGAGCAGCAAUAGCAGAAGCAGUUGCAGCAGGAGCUCCAAUAGCCAUUCCAUUUUCAAAAUUUGUUCCUUUAUUUUAUGAAAUUGGAAAUAUUUUUAACGAAAUAAUCGAAUUAGCACAAGCUGCUGAACAUAAUAAGCGAACUUGUGAUGCAUUAUUACAACGAGUUUAUGCUGCAGAGUUAGCUGUACAAGAUCUUAAACGUCAAAGAAAUAGUAAAGAAUUUUUUAAUAAUAAAAAUUAUUUAUGUUUACAAAAUUUAGUUAAUAUUAUAGUACAAAUUAGAAAAUUUAUAUCAGAUAUUUCUCAAAUGAAAUCUUUGAUAAAAUAUUUUCAAGUGAAAAGUAUUGAGAAAACUUUUAAAGAGUUAUGUAAGGAAUUUGAUAGUUGUGUUAAUAUUUUGUCUUUUGAAAUUAAUGUUGAUACUUCUGAUGAAAUUAGACAAUUAAAAGCCGAUCAAGAAGAUUUAUUAAAAUAUAUACAAGGAAUGGGGGAUGGUAAUAUCAAAAAAAUUGAUGACACUUCAUAUGUUAAGGAUGACGCAAAAGAGAUCAAAGCCUGCCUCGCAAACUUAAGUAAAGAGUUUUCCUCAACUGUUGCAAAAGUCAAUGCAAUGAAUAAUACAAUG